AAAACCAAAGCUGGAUCAAAAUCGAGAUCUACGACGAAAGAGGAAGUUUCGAAGAAGCCUUCAUCGAGACAGACUUCGCAGACGAGGAAAUCAUCAGAGAAAGACAAGAUCUCGGCGGAGCAAAAGAAAAGAUCAUCCAGUACAGAGAAAACAAUAUCAGGCGAAGCAAAGCGCGACAAGGAUGAGAGAACUGAAGAGAACAAAAAAGAAAAUGACAGAAGGGAGGAAAGCUCAAAGAUCGUUGAGGAUGUCUCGCCGGCUGAGCCGGUUCAAAAUAAAAUCCCCGCUUCGGCGCAAAAAAGAAGAUCUUCAUCCGCCAAAGUAAAGCAAGAUGCCAUGAUCACCAUGGACACAAAUGAGUUGACGAAGGAGGAACAGGCGCAACGUAGAAGUGCCUCCAGUAGAGCAAGACGUUCGGCACAAAUGAACAGAUCACAAGAAAAAACAGCAAGUAUGCCUUUAGAAACAUCUUUUAAUAAUGAAGAGCAAAAUAAACCAGUAAUGAGCAAUUACGUCAAAGAAACUGUGGAAAAUGGAAUGGAAGAAGACAAUGCGCGCCAACAAAAUAUUGAGAAAAGUAAUCAGUCAAUGUCGGAGCUUGUGGGAUCUCAAACCGAACCUACCGAAAUGGCCAUUUUGCAACAAUCGAGACCUAAAACAUCUCUAAGACCACCUAGUGCCAGACCCAUCAGCGCCAGACCGGCCGCUCCCAGGAUGAGAGCAAAAACAGAGAUGAUAGUCAAUGAAGAGAUACAAACACCACUGGGAAAUAUCAGCGUUAUUGUAGAAAGCUCCGAUUUGAAAGACGACGAUGAUGCUGAAGAUAUGGUGGUAAUGGAGACGAAGGGAAGUGGCGGUGAUCCCCUAGAAAAUGGAGAUUAUAAAAUAGAUAAUCAGUUAAUGCAGGAGCAUGGACAUCUCGUGGCACAAAUCUUGGAGACCCAGAGGGAAUUGGUCAACACAGACAAUGUCGACGUAUUGCCGAAAAAAGUUGACAUUGCAUGGGAAUCAGGCUCGAAACGUGACCGCGAAACAGCAAUUAAAGAAAUCGAUAAAUUACGUGGAACUAUACAAACAUUAACGCGCACGACAAAUCCUCUGGGAAAGCUAUUGGAUUAUGUACAGGAAGAUGUAGAAAUGAUGCAAAAAGAAUUGUUGGACUGGAAAAAUCAGUAUCGUCAAUUGAGCGAACAACUGGAAGGGGAACAAAAAGAAACACAAGAAAUGAUAGAACCUAUGAAGGAGACAUUAAACGAAAUUGAUAGUAAUAUGAAGAUUCAAUUAGAUAAAAUAUGUCAAGUAAAAGCGCAAAUUAUGAAAAAUGACCAAAAGAUACGACGAUUACUUAGUGGUAAUUUAUAACAUGGUAAUUAUAUUUCUAUAUAAUGGAUUGUAAAUACUUUUAUAAGUUAUUGAAAUGUA